UAAGGUGUCUUUCCAAAAAGAGACUCCCAAAGCUACAAGAGCUUUCAAGUUUGUUUCCCGUCAGAAAAUUACAUUUUCGAAUCCACAGGGCAAAGAUAAGAUAGAUAAAUGUAACUAUUAUCAACAUUAUUUUUUAUAAGUAUAAAAAAUAUUUAUAAGUAUUGCCUGCAGCUUUUUACUGUUAUUACGUGCUACCGUUGCCCAUGGAAACAAUUCAAAUAUCAAACACUUCGUGGUAACGUUAUUUCAUCUUUUAUCGUUUUUAAUUAACCUUUAUUAACUUGAACCUAGCUGCAUUUUUUAUUGUCUUUGACUACUUUCGAGGGUGAACAGACCAUUCUAUUUCGGUUGUAGGCCUAGCGACUAACGCUAGGUUGGUUAGUUAGCUAGCUAGCUAAUAACAGUGGAAUCUGACUAAUGUGUGGUGCCAACCUUAUUUUUACAAUCGGCAGUGUUUCUCAAAUGGGUACGUGUAGGUAGGUACCCCUAGGGGUACUUUGGAGGACUGCAGGGGAAACUGCACUAAGUGAAAAAUCACAGGAUACAUAGGGCAAAUGCUGCUGGUGCUGGUGUCCCUGCUCUGCUGUGUCCCUGCAGCCAAGGCCUGUCUGCAGUGUGACCGCAGGAUAAGGCUCCUACUCGAGGACUUUGUCCUGUCUGCUCCCACUGUGAACAACCAGAUUGAAAUGAAAAAGAUUUGUGAUCAUGCAUAUGUGACCUACAGAGAGACCAGCUGGGAGCGAAAGGGAGUCAUUGAUCCCACCACUCUGUACAGAGCCAGAACUGAGUACCAGAGUGAAUUUGACCGCUUCUUGAAAACUAAGCACACUGGAUCUGUUACAUUUGAAGCCAUUCAGAUCCUGGAGAAGGGGAGGAAAAUCCUAGAAAAACACUUGGACACAUUUAUUCGUGAUGAUCAUUUGUUUGUCUCUACCUCAGGAUUGUGCCCCAACAAGUGUGGUCUUUUGAAACAAAGAGUAAUAGAUUGCAUCUCUUGUCGCUACAAGAUAUACAUCUGUCCCUCUCCUUCUGGCCAGCUGGACUGCGGUGAGUACCCAGUGCUGGCUGAGGAGGGAGGCCAGGCAGUGUUGAACUGUUUUCUUCCAUGGCAUCGUCUUCUGUUGGAAAGACCAGAGUACCACUACUCCUGGGCCCCCGGCGUGCCAGGAACUGAAAAGCUGAUCGAGCGUGACUUCAAAGCCUUGGUAGUGACAGAUGACUCAUCUGUUGUCUUAAAUCAGCUGCAUGUGGAUGAACAAGGAACAUAUCGCUGCUCUCUGCUGGAUCAAAGUGGAACCGUCUUCUACCAAGUCACUUUCCUACUCGCUGUCUCCCAUUUACCUGACCAAACACACCGACCCAUGAUCACUCUGCCCUCACUCCCCCACGGAGACAACUACUCACCUUUUCAACCUACUGCGGGCCUGCUGGUGCCAGCCAUCGUCAUGGUUACUGUUUUGAGUCUGGCAGCGAGCGUAGGCCUCCUAGUUGUCCUGGGAAUGAUGAUGAGUCAGAGGAGAGCCGCUGAGGAGCCGAGCAGGAGGAAGGAGGGAAAAAACACACAUAACACAGUGUGAUGCAAAUACUGUAUACAGUACAUACACACAUACAGUAAAUGCCAGGGAGGUUUUACUCGCUUCAUGUUGGAUAUUUCUCUCAGUGUCUGAAUAAAUUCCCCAACACAAA